GAGUCAAAGACAUAACUCUCACCCACCUCCUCACACCUCUCUCACUCCCCUCCUCGCACCUCCCUCACUCCCCUCCUCUCACCUCCCUCGCUCCCCUCUUCUCACCUCCCUUACUCCCCUCCUCUUACCUCUUUCAAUUCCCUCCUCUCACCUUCCCACUGCCCUCCUCUCACCUCCCUCACUCCCCUCCUCUCACCUCCCUCAAUCCCCUCCUCUCACCUCCCUCAAUCCCCUCCUCUCACCUCCCUCGCUCCCCUCCUCUCACCUCCCUCGCUCCCUUCCUCUCACCUCCCUCACUCCCCUCCUCUCACCUCCCUCAUUCCCCUCCUCUCACCUCCCUCACUCCCCUCCUCUCAACUCCCUCACUCCCCUCCCCUCACCUCCCUCACUCCCCUCCUCUCACCUCCCUCACUCCCCUCUUCUCACCUCCCUCACUCCCCUACUCUCACCUCCCUCACUCCCCUACUCUCACCUCCCUCACUCCCCUCCUCUCACCUCCCUCACUUCCUUGGUCAGCCUGGAGAGUGGGGAAGUCAAGUCACUCCACUCCUAUCCGCUCUCCCCUUAACUCUAUCAAUAACCUACUCUAA